AAUAGCGCUGCGUGGAGAGACCGAGAGAGCAGUUCAAUAGUGACGGCUAGCCAGCUGUUCAACCGGAACCCCUCAUGAAUUUUGGAUAGCCCUCUUACGUAAUUGGUCGUACAUCUUAAGAGCCCGCGAGUGCCACCACAGCAGAUUGGUCGGGACAUCGACAGUUAAGGAGUAGAGGAUUGACUUGUAGCAUGAGCAGCACGAUGUCUCUCCAGCAGUCCGUGACUCUUGUAGUCUUUUUGGGAAUUUUUACCAUUUUCUCGUUUUGUCAAUGUUCAGAUUACGGGGAGGAUUAUAUACAGAAGAUUCAAAAUUCUAAAGCACAUGUCAAUAAACUGGCGUCGUUACUCGCGGAGGAGUUGUUAAGAGAGGAGAACGACCCCACAAAAGGAAAAGAGAAAAGGCUCUUCUGCGCGAAUAAAGGAUGCAUACCUAAGCCUACCAAAAAAGACUCCACAAAGAUAAAAGAAAAAAGGGUCUUCUGUAACGGAUUUUUCGGAUGCAGCAAUGGACGCAAGAGAGCCCAGUCUGUAGAUCUGGAGCCUUUGAAUUACCCGGAUGUUGAACUAGACAACCAACCAGACUUCCAGAAACGCCUCUUUUGUAACCCCACUGGUUGUUUCAGAAAAAGGGGUACUUACAGGGGAUACGAAAAGUUUCUUGAAAAACUUGGCAAAACUGGAAACAUGGCGGGCUAUUAAAGAAAUCAUUAGGAAACGUUGUACCAAUACGUCCAUCGUACGAUUUUAAUUCCAAAUAUCCUUGUAAUAUAUUACACGUACAAGACAUGUACAGAUUCUAUGUGUACAAUACAUGUUUAAAUUUUAUAUGUACAAGACAUGUUUAAAUUUUAUAUGUAAAAUACAUGUAUGAAUUUGAUAUGUAAAAUACAUGUAUGAAUUUGAUAUGUAAGAUACAUGUAUAAUUUUUCUUGUCUAAUUAGUCAUUUAGGUCUUCUUUUAUUUUCCUCAUCGCAGUAUUUAUCAUACUUAUUUUGGAGAAGUGUGCUUCGGUGUGUGAGUUGGUUUUAUUCCCUAUUUCUUUUUAAUAUAUAUUGUACAUUUACAAAUUUUGUCAUUUUAGAUAUGAAAACAACAUCAAGUUAGCGUGAAAUAUUUAUUUUAUUUGCAUAUCAUAUUUACAUGUUCUUUUAUUUCUCGUACUUUUAUCCAUUUACUGAAACUUGUUUAUUUCAAAUAAAAUUAUUUUAACUUA